AUGGCCUCUACUGGGACCACAGAUAGUACUUCUGCCAAUACAGGCAAGAAUGAGCCCAAGAAAAUUAUCAUCAAUGCAUUUGACAUGUCAACCAUUGGACAUCUGUCUCCAGGCCAAUGGAAGAACCCAGCAGACAAGUCAGCAACCAAGCGUGAUCUUCAGUAUUGGAUCGAUCUGGCUAAGCUGCUUGAAAAGGGAGGCAUUAAUGCCCUCUUUCUUGCAGACACAUACGGUGGCUAUGACACUUAUGAAGGAAAGCUGGAUAACUGCAUUCGCCGCGCUGCUCAAUGGCCGAUGACUGAUCCAACUAUCCCGAUUAGUGCCAUGGCAGCUGUGACAAAGAAUCUUGGCUUUGCCAUCACCGCGUCAACUUCGUUUGAGCCUCCAUUCCUACUUGCAAAACGAUUUUCGUCGCUUGAUCAUUUCACCAAGGGAAGAAUUGGCUGGAAUAUUGUUACAAGCUGGAAGAAAGCGGCUUUCAAAGCAAUCGGAUUGGACAGCCCGAUUGCACAUGACGAGAGAUACGAGCAGGCUGAUGAGUAUCUGCGCGUUCUCUACAAACUUUGGGAAGGGUCUUGGGCAGACGAUGCUAUCUCCCCUGACCCAGAGAAUGACAGCUACGCGGACCCGGACAAGAUCAGAACUAUUCAUCACCAUGGAAAGUUCUUCGACCUGGACACUCGUCAUAUUGUUGACCCAUCACCUCAACGAACGCCAUUCCUCUUUCAAGCUGGCACUUCGACAGCUGGCCAGACCUUUGCUGCAACCCAUGCCGAGGGUAUCUUUGUCUCUUCUCAUUCACCAGCGAUUCUGAAGCCCAAGAUCCAAGCGAUUCGAGAGCAGGCUGCUAAACUAGGUAGAGAUCCUCAGUCUCUCAAAUUCUUUGCAACCUUCACGCCCAUCGUCGGCCGUACCGAUGAAGAAGCACAGGAGAAACUGGAGGAACUGAAGAAGUACGCCUCUACUAUUGGCGGUUUGGUACUGGUCAGCGGUUGGACAGGCAUUGACUUGUCGAGAAUCCCGCUUGAUCAGGAACUCACCUCUGCAGACUCACUUGAGCAGCAUAGGGUCCAGAGCCUUCUCGAUGCCUUCACCGUAACUAGUGAGCAUGUCCCAAAGUGGACACCCAGAGUGAUCGCGGAGAAAGCAGCUAUUGGAGGACUUGGGCCAGUUUCGGUUGGAAGCCCACAGACAGUUGCUGAUGAGAUGGAGCGUUGGAUCCAGGAAGGCGAUCUGGAUGGUUUCAAUGUUGGAUACGUUACUACUCCUGGCUCCUUUGAGGAUCUUGUCGAGCUGUUGAUUCCUGAACUCCGACGAAGAGGGCUAUAUCAUGACGUUUCAAGUGAAGAGAGCUAUACUCUGCGUGAGAAGGUUUAUAGCAAGGGUCAGGCCGGGCUGCGCGGUGAUCAUAUUGGGUCACAGUAUAAGUAUGAUGUAUUCAAGGAAGAAGAAUCGGAAGAAUAA